UGGCCCAGCUACUACAGCGAGUGCAGCGCUCUUCUGUUCGUGGUCGAUGCCUCCAACCCCACCCAGGUCUCCUCGUCCUGCAUCCAGCUGCUCUCCGUCCUUUCGGCGGCGCCGCUCGCCUCCGUGCCCGUCCUGGUGCUCUUCAACAAGAUUGACCUGCCCUGCUACAUGUCGCUGCUGGAGAUGAAGUCACUGUUCCGCAUGCAGGACAUCGUGUCCUGUGCCACGCAGCCCAUCACGAUGCUGGAGACCAGCGCCCGCGACGGGACCGGUCUGGCCGAUGUCCUGCAGUGGCUUCGGGCCACCCUUGGAAACCCCCAUUGACCCCGACCCUGCCAGGUGCCUGCAGCAGCCCAGGACAAUUCUGUCACCAAAGGAGGUGGCCAGAGAGCAGCUGCCUUGUGUGGUGCUGGGAGCAGGGCCUGGAACAGUGUCACUGGCUGGUGACAGACUGUAUCCCCGUGGGACUUCACAGUAAAACUCUGACCAAACUGUC